UCCCCCUCUCUCUCCUUUCUCUCAGUCUCUCUCUCUCUCUCUGUUUGAUGUCCAUCGGAACCCUAGCUUGCCCCGGCGAGCUUCUCCGGCUACCGAUGAUCUCUUUCCGGGUAAGAUUCUUCGAUACGCUUCGUUCUUGUAUCUAAAAAUGUUAGAUGCAUUCGGUGCGGUUCUUGUCCGAUCCAAGACCUGGUUCCACAGGAGGAAAAAGGCGCUGAUUCGUUGAUAUCGACCCCUUUUAAUUAUGGAACUUAUCAAAUCUGUAUCAUAUAUGAAGGCUUCAAUACUGUACAGCCCGCGCAAGUAGUUUUUAUUUUUCGAUUUGUAAAUUUUGUACAGAUAGGGUUUGUAGAUAGAACUGGUGCGAGACUGGAGGAGAUUUUGGAUUUGAACAUUGGAGUUUGUGAAGUUUUGAGGGGUUAAAAGGUUAUUUGGAGGUAAUUGGGGUCUGGGGUUCAAUCGAAUUGUGUCAAAGUUGGGAAAUUUGAGUCGUUAAGAAGGUGGCUAAGAUGAAUUUGAGCACUGCCGAGGAAGAAUCGGCGCAAGAAAUUCAUAUUCCCGAUGAAAUUGAUUGGCAAAUGCUUGAUAAAUCCAAGUUCUUCUUCCUCGGAGCAGCUCUUUUUUCGGGUGUAUCGGCGACUCUUUACCCUGUUGUGGUGUUGAAAACCCGGCAACAAGUAGCUCAAUCCCAAGUUUCUUGCCUCAAAACUGCGAUUUCAAUGGUUAGGCACGAGGGUUUUAGGGCAUUGUACAGAGGAUUUGGGACUUCUUUGAUGGGUACAAUACCUGCCCGGGCGCUGUACAUGGCAGCGCUUGAGGUCACUAAGAGUAAAGUCGGAACUGCCACGAUUAGGUUAGGAAUUUCAGAGCCCACGCCAGCCGCCAUUGCCAAUGCAGCUGCAGGGUUGAGUGCAGCAAUGGCUGCACAAAUUGUGUGGACUCCAGUUGAUGUUGUGAGUCAGAGACUCAUGGUGCAAGGUGGUGUGAAAUCAAGUUCCAAAUUUCCUAAUGCAUCUGAUUGUAAAUAUGUUAAUGGGAUCGAUGCAUUCAGGAAAAUUAUUAAGACGGAUGGGCCAAGAGGAUUGUAUAGAGGGUUUGGGAUAUCUAUUUUGACAUAUGCACCAUCCAAUGCAGUUUGGUGGGCAUCUUACUCUGUUGCUCAAAGAAUGGUUUGGGGUGGAGUCGGGUAUCAUUUUUGUAAGAAAAGUGAUGAAAGCAAUGAGGAUGGGGUUACCACGUAUACACCGGAUUCGAAAACAAUAAUGGCAGUUCAGGGAGUCAGUGCAGCCAUGGCGGGCGGCAUGUCAGCCCUAAUCACAAUGCCCCUCGAUACAGUUAAGACAAGGUUGCAAGUUUUGGAUGGGGAGGACAAUGGCCGGCGUGGACCAACAAUCGGACAGACUGUUCGGAAUCUGGUUAAGGAAGGUGGAUGGACAGCUUGUUACAGAGGAUUGGGGCCGCGGUGGGCUUCAAUGUCGAUUUCUGCAACCACAAUGAUCACCACCUAUGAGUUUCUCAAACGGCUUUCCACAAAGAACCAAGAGGUUUUGACAUGAUAAACAAACAGUAGAGGAGAUACUUUGUUUAUUCCUGUUUUAUUUUCUGUUAAGUUGUCUCUGUUGUUUUCUCUUCUUGCGUUGCAAUUUGCAACCAAGAAGUUUCUGUUUUUGUUCUUUCUUUCUAUUAACCUGCACACACUUGGUUGAUCAAAUGUAAUACAAUGCAGACGUAAAUAUGUUGUUUUCAAUAUAGAUCUUAUGCAGAAGUUGAACUUCUGGUUUAUGCAGUACUGUACAUACAGUAACGUAACAUAUAUGAGAUUUAAUGUAGAAGCUUUAGAUUUUUCAAAGCUUGCUUGGAUUGAAAA